ACGGACAUGAGUCAUUGUGAAUGAUUAAUGGACUAGCUCUUAAUCAUAAGACAAGGAAGAGGAGCCCAGUGAGCCUUUCCUAUGACUACUCUGACUCAGAACUUCCUUUCCUCCUUUCUUCAGGAGAAUCAAAACCGGAAGUUCAUCCCUGGCCCUCUUGCUUUCUGGCCUUUGGCAAGCAGCAAUUUCUCAGUCAACAUGAACUACUCAAUCACCCUACACCAGAUUUAUAUUCAGUAAAUCCACUCCAACCAGGAGAUUCUUGCCCAGAGGACCAGCAGCAGCAGCAGCAGUGGCAACAGCAUUCUGAUAAAAGCCACGGGGCGGGGGGGGGGGGGAGCAAAGAAAAUAAAGGAAGAGGAGGUUCUCAACCCUUGUCUGGGAGUACAAAUGAGAGGGGGACUUCUCUGGUUUUCCCUCACUCACCCCAGGGACCAUCCAUAAGCUCCUGGGCAGGCAGCCGAGUACUGAAGGUACAACUCAGUCCACCUUGUGCCCAUAGCACAAGCUCUGGGGAAGUGCACAGAGUUCGUGAGAGGGCAGGAACAGUUGAGUUUGGAAAGCAUGGACUAGAUUUUAGCCAGAAGACAAAUCUAUUCAGACACAAGGCAGUCAUGCGUGUGCAGGGAGUGUGGAUGAGGUUUCAGCAGGAAGUCUCAUCUCAUCAGACACGAGAGGACACACACAGAGGAAAAGCCUUGUGUGUAAGGGAGUGUGGAUGAACUUUUAGCUCGCAGUCACACCUCCUCUCACACCAGAGGACACACACGGGAGAAACCCUUUGUGUGCGCAGUAUGUGGGCAAGGCAUUAGUGAAAAGUAAGACCUUGUUAAGCAUCAGAGGAUUUACACAGGAGAUAAGCCUUGUGUGUGCAGGAACUGUGGAACUGUGGCCAAAGCUUUAGAGUGAAAUCACAUCUCAUCCUACACCAGAGGAUACAUUCAGGGGACAAGUCUUUUGUCUGCAGGGAGUGUGGUUGGGGCUUUAGUGAUAGAUGAACCCUCAUCACCCAUCAGAAGACACAUUCUGGAGAGAAGCCUAAAGUGUGGGGGGAGUGUGGGCAAGCUUUUAGCCACAAGACAAUCCCCACCAGAGAACAAUCACAGGAGAGAGGCUUUACAAGUACAUGGCGUGUGGCCGAGACUUUAGCCUCAA